UUGAAAGCAGGCUCCAGAGUGCCUUGGUAACUUCCAAGAGCACUCUGACUGUAGGGAGAGCAGCAAAGGCAAAGCAGACAUGAGGAAGAUACUGGCACCUCUGAUCUUGACUCUGGCCCUGGCACUGAACUGCUGCUGUGAGAAAGAUCCCAAAGAGCCAUCAGGAUCUCCAGGUGCUGCCAGCAUCACAGUUAAAAAGGAAGUUGCCAAUGCGUUUGUGAAGAGGCAGAAGAGAUUCGACAUGUAUGAAUGGUAUUCUGAGUAUUAUAAAAGCCCAAUGGAGCAGAUGCGUGAGCGUUGUGAAAGCUACCCUCCCUGUGACUAUCUGUCUGACCAAAUAGGAUUUCCCAUGGCCUACAACCGUUUCUUUGGGAGAUACUAAGUCGGGGGUGAUUAUUUUGAUUAUCUGACAGUUAUGAAACCCCCAGCAGAAAUAAUCUUGUGUAUAGGAAGAAGGGAAGAAGGACAUCUACACUGGGACCUUCUUCUAUUGUCACCCUUGCCAGCUGAAACACAAUGACUUCUACUUGUCUGGAUUCAUCAGCUUUCUUGCUUUCAUCAAAAAUGUUUGUGUUCUGUUAUCUUCUGUAGUAUUUUCAGUGCCACUAGAAAUGUUUGAGAACAUUCUGUGUUACCUGUUUCCUUUGCAAGUGCUAUUACGUAGCCAGAAUCACAUCCCAGUAUACUCUUCUUAUUAUUCUAUCAUAAAAUUUUCUUAUAUAACAUCAAUGUUUAAAUCCCCAGAAGUGUGUUUGAAGAACUUUUAGAUGAGCCCUUCCAUUUGUGUGCUACAUUCAGUGACUGUGAAAAAUGAACUGGAAAUCUCCUAUUGUUUUUGUUACAAUUGAUUUCUGGUGAAACCGAAUAUAUUGAAGCAGAACAAAAAAACCUGUCUCUUUCUGAUGCUUUAGCUUUUGUGCUUGAAAUUAAACGUGUGAAAAUAUCUCCCCAGAAGCAAACAGAAUAAAACAGUGAACUUUGUGAAAUAAAAAUAAAGCUGUUCAAUGGUGGAUUGAAGUUGGGACAGCAUUUUGUUCAUUCAAGGCAACAUCUCUUCUUCCCUCUGCACUUCUUCAUUCUGUCUCCCUGUAUGAAUGUAAUGCAUCAGCAACUUUCAUCAGUCUCCCUUGACACAGUCUGUCAAAAUGUAUUCCCUGAGGGGUAGAUGGCAAAUCUACAGUAGACACUGUUGAGCCUCAGGAAACUGAGAAACACCAAAUCUCUUUGCUUUCAUGUAAGCUGGUGCAGCCUUUCCCAGAUGCUGAUUGCAAUAAAUACUUGUUAUGUAAAACA